GGUCCGAGAGCGGGCUGGGCGGCAUGGCGGGCCUGGAGCUGUUGUCAGACCAGGGCUACCGGGUGGACGGGCGGCGCGCCGGGGAGCUGCGGAAGAUCCAGGCGCGGAUGGGCGUGUUUGCGCAGGCCGACGGCUCGGCCUAUAUCGAACAAGGCAACACCAAGGCGUUGGCGGUGGUCUACGGGCCGCACGAGAUCCGGGGCUCCCGGGCACGAGCCUUGCCUGACCGUGCACUGGUGAAUUGCCAGUACAGCUCCGCCACCUUCAGCACAGGUGAGCGCAAGAGGCGGCCACAUGGGGACCGCAAGUCCUGCGAGAUGGGCCUACAGCUGCGCCAGACCUUCGAAGCAGCCAUCCUCACCCAGCUGCACCCUCGCUCACAGAUUGACAUCUACGUGCAGGUGCUGCAGGCAGAUGGUGGGACAUACUCGGCUUGUGUGAACGCAGCUACUCUGGCCGUGCUGGAUGCUGGCAUACCUAUGCGGGAUUUCGUGUGUGCCUGCUCUGCUGGCUUUGUGGAUGGCACGGCCCUGGCGGACUUGAGCCACGUGGAGGAGGCAGCUGGUGGCCCCCAGCUGGCCCUGGCCCUACUGCCAGCCUCAGGCCAGAUUGCCCUCCUGGAGAUGGACGCUCGGCUGCACGAGGACCACCUGGAGCGGGUGCUGGAGACUGCUUCCCGGGCUGCUCGGGACGUGCACACCCUGCUGGACCGCGUGGUCAGGCAGCAUGUGUGUGAGGCCUCCCUCUUGCUGGGGGACUGAUCAUCUGCACACUCGCCCCUGAAUAAAGCUCUUCCCACAUUC